AUGGCGAUUCUUGAUAUCCCAAAAUCAAGGACUGGUAAUAUUCCUCUUCACAAUCUCCAGUCAGCUGGACUAUUGGUGAAGGAGCUGGAGUUGGCUAGAGGUUUCAUUGGCAACAAAAAAUUUACAAAGAAAAGUGAUGAAAAUGAAAGAGCGGAUUCAUUAGUGAUGGCAAAGCUUUAUGCAGUAUUGGAAGCGGUUGCAGAUAGAGUGGAGAUGCAUAAGAAUAUUGGAGAUCAAAGAGACAAUUGGAACAGCUUACUUUUGACGUCAAUCAAUGCAAUUACUCUUGCAGCUGCAACAAUGUCCAGUAUUGCAGCCACAACUGCGGUUGGUUUUGGUUCUGGUGCUUCCUUGGCUGCUUUGAAGCUAUCUUCCACGCUGAUGUUUCUGGCAGCAACAGGGAUGUUGUUCAUAAUGAAUAAAAUUCAACCAUCCCAACUAGCAGAAGAGCAGCGAAAUGCUGCAAGAUUGUUCCUGCAGCUGCAAAAACAAAUCGAAACAACAAUAGCUAUAGGCAGUCCUACAGGUCAUGAUGUCGAGGAAGCAAUGGAGAAAGUAUUGGCACUUGACAAGGCCUAUCCACUUCCUCUCCUUGGUGUUAUGCUCGAGAAAUUCCCGGCUACAGUAGAACCAGCAGUUUGGUGGCCUCAGCAAGCAAAAGAGUCCGCCCACAAGACCUGUUCGAAAUCAAAUGGCUGGAACUCGAAACUUGAGAAGGAAAUGAGAUCAAUCGUUGAGGUUAUAAGAAGAAAAGAUAAAGCAGAUUAUUUGAGGCUGGGUGGAAAAGCUUUGAUGCUGAGCAAAUUGUUAGCCAUAAGUGGCCCCUUGUUAACUGGGCUAGCGGCAAUUAGUUCUGCAUUCAUGGGUUCAUCUUCUCAUACUGGUUUCUUGGCAGCCAUGCUUGGAAUUGUGGGCGGUUCAUUGGCAAGCAUUGUAAAUACGUUAGAGCAUGGAGGACAAGUUGGAAUGGUGUUUGAGAUGUACAGGAGCAAUGCUGGUUUCUUUAAACUCAUGGAAGAAUCUAUAGAAUCUAACUUGAUGGAGAGACGGGAAAAUGGUGAAUUGUUUGAGAUGAAGGUGGCUUUGCAAUUAGGAAGGAGGGUAUCAGAGCUGAGAGAUCUCGCAUCUUCUCCAAAAAGUAAAGGAGAAGGUGCUGAGGAGUUUGCAAGCAAACUUUUUUGA